AUGACGGAUCUGAGAGGACCGCCGCCCGGCAAGGCGAUCUCCACCUCAAGCGGCUUCGUGCAGUGCAGCACGCACAAUGUCCGGCGCAAGGCCGAAUGCUGCGAGAUGAAGGCGGUGCUGAACGCUGAUAUGGAGGUGAUUGAGUACAUAUGCGUCUGCAGGCACCCCUUCACGUGCAAGUCGGCUAGUGAGCGGCAGAGCAAUGGCCUAGGAGCCGCUUCUGGCGCUCGCAGAGACGCUCCGGAUGGGGAGAGCAGCGGCGCUGCGCCGCUCGUCAUAGACGCCAGCAGCACGAGGAUGAAGGCUCACUCCCAGGACCACCACCAUGGUGGGCAGCGCAGUGCUGCCGAGGCAGCAGAUGGGGAGACCGGCGUUAGCACUCUCUUCGCCGUGUCUUUUUACGAUGCCUCGCGCAGCACAUCAGGCCCGAGCGCCGCUGCCGCCGCUGCCUCGCCAAAACUGUCCGCUAAAGACGGGGAAGACAAGGGUGACGUGAACGGCGAAGGCACGAAGGCUAAUGCAACGACGAUUAGCGACAGCGACACCGAUGACGUGGACUCCCUCGACAACUUACCUUCGUUCACUGCCGGCGCUGCCCCAGCCACCGCUGCCGUCGCAUCGCUCCCUGCCGCUCCACGAGAACGCCCGCGCUACUACGACUCCGUGCAGAACGCCGGCACCGGGGGCCACGCACCGCCGGCUAAGGUGUGCUGGGGCUGCGGCAUGUCAGGACACGAGAAGCCCGCUUGCCCCAACGCGCUGUGCCGCACCUGCCACCAGAGGCGUGGGCCGUACGGGUCACCACACCGAUGCACGUCCGUGGUCACGCCGUCGCCGUUCAUCGUGUACCCGACGCCGUCCGAGUGGCGCGCGGCAACUCAGAAGACGGCGGCCGCAGCGGGGGAGCCGAACGGCAUGGCAGCCGUGCGCUGUGUGGCGUGCAACGAGUACGGCCACUUCGACUGCUCCACUGUGGUGUUGCCCUCCUCGUACGCCUUGGUUGCUUCGUCGUCCCCCGGCCCUGCCGCAGUGCCGCACACGCUCAUCCCCAGCUGCUGCUUCUGUGGCGUCCGCGGGCACACUGUCUUCGACUGCCAGCAGCGUGAGCACGUCAACCCUGACUACUUUGAGCGACGCAACCAACUCUUCGCGGAUUCCGCGCGCCGUGGCAGCGGUAUUACAGCAGCUGGUGCGUCCUCCAACAACAGCGGCGGUAACAGCGGCUACGGACACCCCUUGCAACAGCAACACCAGCAGCGGUUCUACGGCAGUCCCACCAGUGGGGCACCGUUGCCAUCCUCCUCGUUUACGCGCUACGGCAACGACCGCGGCGGUGUCGGUGGUGGCCAGCGCCGUGAGCGAGACUGGUGCGACAAUCGCGAGCAGCGCUUAGGUGGCAACCAGUACAGCAACAGCCGCCGUGAGGGCAGCGCGUACUACAACGACUCCUACGGUGGCGAACGGGAUCAUCAGCGACGGCGCUACGAGUCUCCGUCGUUCUCUCGUGCCGGCGGCGGCCCUGCCCCCUCGUCGUCGCCUCUCGUGCACGGUCGAGACCGCUUUCAAGAGGGUGGUCAGCGGCACCAUGAGGAGCGAUCUCGUGACAACUACGGUAGCCGCCACCAACGUUACUCAGAGGCUGAGCACGGCGGUGCUGGGCAACGUGGCCACGGCCAGCGGUCGCAUUACUCGCAGCAGUCGCAGCACUCCCACCAUCACGGUUCAUCGCGCCGCGGCGGCCGUCGUGGGGACAGCGGUUACUACAGCGACGACAACUUGUUUUAG